AUGUUUCAAAGGAAUAUUCCCAAAUCGUUAUUACCAAAGGGAAACAAGGAUAAGGAUAAAGAUGCUAGAAAAUUAGGUUCGAGUAAUGAGACGAUAAUAGAUGAGAGCAAGAGGACUACCAGGACUCAAUAUAUGAAAGGACCUUACAGAUAUAUUUUUUUACUCUUUUUGCUUUGGAUUGGAUUGAUACACUAUUAUGAGAGAUCUGUGAUAAAGAGGGCCAUGAAGAAAUGUGACUGGAAGAAAUGGGAAAAAUGGCCAAAAGGUAUUGAUUCAUAUAAGGUGAGUUUGUUUGCUGACCCUCAAAUCAUGGAUGCACAUUCAUAUCCAGGAAGACCGUUUAUUGUAAAUUACAUGACGAAAGCGUUGUUGGAUAACUACCAUAGAAAAAAUUGGAAAUAUGCACAAUAUUACCUAGAUCCAGAUGGGACUUUCUUUCUUGGUGACUUAUUUGAUGGAGGCAGAUAUUGGGAUGAUGAUUAUUGGCAUAAUGAAUACAAAAGAUUUAAUAGUAUAUUUCCCAAAAAGUCAUUUAGGAAAACAGUGAUGUCUUUACCUGGAAAUCAUGACAUCGGGUUUGGCGAUACGAUUAUUGAAUCGAGUUUGGAAAGAUUUACUACGUAUUUUGGAGAAACUUCUUCUUCACAUGAUGUAGGAAACCAUACUAUUGUUCUGGUUGAUACAAUCUCACUGUCGGACACUAAAAAUACAAAUAUUUCUAGUAUUCCUAAGCAAUUCUUAACAGGCUUCGCAAAGUUACAGCACAAAUACCCUAGAAUUUUAUUAACUCACGUUCCACUUUGGAGAGAUCCUGAAACGCAAACUUGUGGUCCUGACAGAGAAUCUAAUAAACCUUUCCCUUUGAUGAAAGGUGUCCAAUAUCAAACUGUUAUUGAUUAUGACAUUUCUCAAGAAGUUUUAAAUGAUAUCCAACCAAUUGUAUUAUUUUCUGGGGAUGACCAUGAUUACUGUAAAAUUUCACACAGAUACCAAGCCAAUGGUAAGGAAAAAGUUGCAGAAGAAAUAACAGUGAAGUCAUGUGCUAUGAAUAUGGGGAUUAAUAGACCAGCUAUUCAAUUGCUUUCACUUUACAAUCCAAGUGGAUCACUAAGAGAGGACACCUAUCAAACAAAUAUAUGUUAUUUACCUAACCCAUAUACACCAUUGAAGAUGUAUAGCUUUAUGGCGAUAUUAUCCUUUUCAGCAUUGGUUUUUAUUCAUUUUUUUCCUAAAGAGUUCAAUAACAUCCUAGUAUCUAGAAUUGAAAAAACUCUUAAGAAGGAGAAAGAUUAUCUACCUUUGCCAGUGACAAUGCCAUCAGGACUAAGAACAAUUAUGGAUGGUUCAAUAUUUCUUGUCGAUGAUAACACCAAAACUAUGGACUUUUUCUUUAGUCUUACAAUUUUAACUAUUGCUGUGCUCCUAAUAUUUAUUUCCUAUUUUACCAAUAUAUGA